CCUAAAACCCUAAAACUUAACGUCGUCUAAUUUGGAUGGUCAAUUUUGAGUACUUGCCAAAUACUCUUCACUCCAAAUUCCACUACCCCCUCUCCCACUUCUCCAUAAUCCAUAAGCAGCAGAAGCAACCUCCAAUGGCGAUUGCGCAGUUAAAUAGACCCUUCAGUUUGACCCUUCACGUUUUCUCGCCUCUUUUGAGGACCACUAGUAACCUGUACUCAUCUUCCUCCGCCGCGACCGAGCUAGAAACAGACAUAGUUGCAGGAGACGAUACCGAGGAAACACGCCCCGCCGUUGAACUCUCAUCAGCCGAAAACUUCAUCGCCGGCAAUUUCUAUUCGUUAAUUAAAGACCACCACCGCAAGAACCCCAAUUUCGCCCUAAACCCCAUAAACCCUAAUGUGGCGUUGCCAUCUCUCUCUUUCGAGUUUUCAAAUAUCUCCACCGUUCAAUCUAUAUCGGCCGCCGUCGUCCGACACGUGAUAGAGAAAUGCGGCGCUCCCCGCCACGGUAUUCCCUUCCCCCAAACGCUCGCAUUCUUCAACUGGGCCACGUCGGCGCUGGAGCCUUCUCAAUCCCUGGAGCUGUUCAAUGAAAUGGUCGAUCUUUCCGGAAAGGUACGCCAAUUCGAUGUCGCCUGGAACUUAAUUGAUUCGAUGAAAGCUCAAAAUGUGAAGAUCCCGAUUGAAACAUUUUCGAUUUUGAUUCGGCGGUAUAUUCGUGCUGGAAUGGCCGUGGAAGCGGUGCAUACAUUCAAUAGGAUUCAGGAAUAUGGAUGCGAGCCUGAUAGGAAGGCUUUUUCCAUUGUGAUUGGUAUGUUGUGCAGGAAACGUCGCGCCUUUGAAGCGCAGGCAUUUUUUGAUGGUUUGAAGGAUAAGUUUGAGCUUGAUGUUGUGGUGUAUACUAGCUUGAUACACGGCUGGUUUCGAGCGGGUAACAUUGAUGAGGCUGAGAGGGUUUUUAAGGAGAUGAAGGAAGCUGGAAUUCAGCCUACUGUGUAUACUUACAGUAUUGUGAUUGAUGCAUUGUGUAGAUGUGGGCAGGUAACGCGUGCACAUGAUGUGUUUGCUGAAAUGAUUGAUGUUGGGUGUCAGCCAAACUCGGUUACUUUCAACAAUUUGAUGCGAGUUCAUGUUAAGGCGGGGAGGACUGAGAAGGUGCUGCAAGUAUAUAAUCAAAUGAAGAGGCUUUCUUGUGAGCCGGAUGUGAUUACAUACAACUUUCUGAUUGAAACUCACUGCAAGGACAAGAAUCGAGAGGAGGCUCAGAAGGUGCUUAGUUCAAUGAUUAAGAAAGGGUGUGAGACGAAUGCAUCAAGUUUCAAUCCAAUCUUUAGGUGCAUCGCGACAGACCAGGAUGUGAAUGCUGCUCAUCGGUUGUUUGUCAGGAUGAAGGAUGUGAAAUGCAUGCCCAGCACAGUGACGUACAAUGUGUUGAUGCAGAUGUUUUCUGAGUCGAAGUCUACUGAUAUGGUCAUCAAGCUUUGGAAGGAGAUGCAUGAGAAUGAAGUGGAGCCUAAUGUGAAUACUUUUAAGAUUCUUAUCUCCUUGUACUGCUCGAUGGGGCAUUGGAACAAUGCUUACAAGUACUUUAGGGAGAUGAUUGAGGAGAGAUGUUUGAGACCUAAUCCACAGGUCUACGAAAUGGUUAUGAAGCAGCUGAGAAAAGCAGGUCAGCUGAAGAAGCAUGAAGAACUAAUGGAGAAGAUGGUUGAUAGGGGUUUCAUUACUCGUCCUCUCUAGAGAUAAACUGUAUCGCUUGCUUAGAAGCAUUUUAUUGUGUUCGAGAUCAAACUAUUAAUUUGCUUGAUCAUGCAGGCUGGAUCAAGUGAGGGGUUCCAUAUGUGUCCACACGAUCAUACACUUGGUGCAGUAUUAGUUGCAAGUGUGCAUUGAUCAGUUUUGAUCCUGAAGCAUGACUAGCUUGUGCAUCCGUUUGCUAAAUUUUCAAUGCACUAAACAGAGUUGCUUUGCAAGGGUAUCUUGAGAUGCUUGGUAGGUACACUGUGACUGUCUAUUCUCAUUCUUGAAACUCUGCUAAGACUGGCUUAUUUGGCCAGGAAUUUAGAAUUCAGUUAAGUUUUGCAAAGAAUUGACGCUUACUGCGUCUAUGUUGAAGAUACAACUUUGAUUCUGAUUGCACUCA